CCUCCAGGACCUCUCUUUGCCUUCUCUCCACUGACUCAGUUUCUUGUUCACAGGGUCUCCUGGGCUAUAGAGCUGACUCCUCAAGGGGCUGGAAUCUUCCACACCAUGGAGAGAAUGAAGACCCAGGCUGGCCGGCAGCUCAGCCUGCUGAAAGGGAAACAGAAGUGGCUCUUCCCGGUUUCCUGCAGCUUCUUCUUUGUGCUCUCUGUGCUCAUGACUGGCUGCUUCCUGUGGCAGUAUUACCUCCCCAAGCUGAAGACCGGUUCCUUGGGACCAGAGGUGACUUCUGCCCCCAUGAGGAUGUGUCCCCAGCACCCUGAGCCUGUGCCCCUGGCCCACCCCCUCCCCGUGUUGAAGGAGGCCCUGAAAAAGGUGGACAGGAUCCUGCGGCAGGCACUGUCUGCCCCAGGCCUGGCUGCUAUGUCUGCAGUUGUCAUCCACAACGACACUGUGCUCUGGACCGGGAACUUCGGGAGGAAGAAUGGUUCAGACCCGGCUUCUGGGCCCCCCAAUGAGUACACCAUGUACCGGAUCUCCAGCAUCUCCAAGAUCUUUCCCGUGCUGAUGCUCUAUCGUCUGUGGGAGGAGGGCGUCGUGGCCUCUCUAGAUGACCCUCUGGAGCGGUACGCCAGCACCUUCACCAUUAACAACCCACUGGGCAUGGCAUCAGCGUCUGAACAAAAGAGGCUGAUGGAUGGUCUGGAGGAGGUGGGCCCAGCCCCAAGGCCUUCACCUGUCACCCUCCGAAGGAUGGCCAGCCAGCUCUCAGGGCUGCCCCGAAGGCUCCGUUCCACUUCGCUGCUGUGGAGGGGCAGCACCCAGGAGGCCCUGAACCUGCUCAAGGAUGAUGUGCUGGUGGCAGACCCAGGAACCAGAUGCCAUUACAGCACGCUGGCCUUCUCGCUUCUGGCCCAUGUCCUGGCAGCCCACACCGCCCAGGGUGACUACCAGCACUGGAUCUUGGAGAACGUGCUGGAACCGCUGGGGAUGGAAGACACAGGCUUCGAUCUGACACCUCCUGUGCGUGCCCGCUUGGCAGCUGGCUUUUAUGGCAGCAGGCGGCCGGCGCCGCUGUACGAUCUCGGCUGGUACCGCCCGUCGGGCCAGAUGUACUCCACCACCUCUGACCUGGCGAAGCUGGCCAUGGUGCUCCUGGGCAGCAGGCCCCAGCGGCUUCUGCGGCCAGACGCGGCUAAGACGCUACUGGCGCCGCUGCUGGCCUGCCCGGGCGCCUACUUCGCCAACGAGACUGGCACACCGUGGGAGUUCCAUGCGCAGCGGGGCUACCGCGUGGUGCGCAAGGACGGUGACCUGGACGGCUACGCCGCCACCUUCUCCCUGGUGCCGCCGCUGCGCCUGAGCCUCGUGCUGCUCCUGGCCGGGCCGAGGCCGCCAGGGCCUGACCUCGUGGCUCAGGUCUACGAUGUGCUUCUGCCGGCUAUGGAGAGUGCCCUUCGUGAGGCCGCGCUCAGCCCGGCUCCGCCGCCCAGCGCACGACCCUUCACUGGCUACUUCACUUUUGCCAAUUUGACUUUCUACGAAGUGCGCGCCGGGCCGACGGGCGAGCUGCGCCUGCGCCAGUUCGGGCCCCGCGUGGAGGCGCUGGUGCCCCCUGCGUUCCGCACGUUGGCGCUCCGCCACCUGCGCGGCCGCGUCUUCCAGCUGUAUGUGGCCCGCGAGUUUCCGUGCGCACUGCCGCUGGGUGACUCCUGGCUGUCCCUCGAGGCCCAGCACGGGCAGCUCGUCAACUUCUAUCCCCUGGACCACCACGGGCUUUCCCCCGGCUUCGACGUGCCAGGCCUCAACACGUACCGGGUGAUGCGGCUGUCUCACAAGCCAGUAUUCAAGACCCAGUGA